GGUUCCCUAAGCUCAUGGCGGGCCUGUUUGUAGGGCGCGGCUGGAUGCUACAGCCUCCGGGCGGCCGUGUGUGGCGUCUCUGGCCCCGCGGAUUCGGGGUUUGGGCCCCGGCGGAGGGGACCGCGGGGGGCUUGCUUAGGCAGCUCUGCGCGCGGCCAAGGGAGGCAUGGCGGGCCUCGGGGCUCGCUGGCAGCUGCCUGGGAAGCCGGCCCUUCAGCACGGCGAGGCCGCCGCCUCCGGGGUCGUCGGGGCCGGAGCCGGAGGGCCGCAGAGACCCCACGCGCCCCUCGCAACCCGGGCCUGUUUCCUGGAAAUCUUUAGCAGUCACAUUUGCUAUUGGAGGAGCUUUAUUGGCUGGAAUGAAGUACUUCAAGAAAGAAAAGACAGAGAAGCUGAAGAAGGAACGACAGCGAAGCCUCGGAAAGCCUUUACUUGGGGGCCCAUUUUCCCUCAUAACUCAUACUGGAGAGCCCAAAACUGAUAAGGACUACCUGGGUCAGUGGGUAUUGAUUUAUUUUGGGUUCACUCAUUGCCCUGAUGUCUGUCCAGAAGAACUAGAAAAAAUGAUUCAAGUCGUGGAUGAAAUAGAUAGUAUUCCAACUCUGCCAAAUAUAACUCCACUUUUCAUCACUAUUGACCCAGAGAGGGACACAACAGAAGCCAUCGCAAAUUAUGUGAAAGAAUUUUCUCCCAAACUGAUUGGUUUGACUGGCACAAAAGAAGAGAUCGAUCAAGUGGCCAGGGCAUACCGAGUGUAUUACAGCCCUGGUCCCAAGGAUGAAGAUGAGGACUACAUAGUGGAUCACACAAUAAUAAUGUACUUGAUUGGACCAGAUGGUGAGUUUCUAGAUUAUUUUGGCCAGAACAAGAAGAAUGCGGAAAUAGCUGGUUCAAUUGCUGCGCACAUGAGGGAACACAGGAAGAAGAGCUAGCCAAGGCAGCCUUGCCGGCUGCAGUAUUCUCCUGCUGAAGAGCAAGGAAGCUUUGUCUCCCACAGUAACUGAUAUAUAUAUGUAUAUAUAAAUAUGUAACCUGCAGAAUGGCCGUCAUACAUGAGAACAUCUAUAUUUUGGACAUGUUAUUCUUGGCUUGACCCAAGAUAGAUUCUUGGAACUGUAAAGAUUACAACCAAAAUUCUUCCGAAUGGUUGUCUUGAGACCAGUGGACCAAGUCAAUCUGAAGCCAGUGGAGUGGACCUCAGGGAAGGACACAGCCGGGAGAGGCCAGUGCACUUCCACACAUGAACAGCACCCUCUGAUGAGCGUUGCUGCCUCUGCAGGGUGUUGGACCCUUGUUCAUACAGGUUGUGGGACUGAAUUUCCAGGAAGAGUGUAAUUUCCGUAGUGCCUUUGCUUUCCUCUUCGAGUUCUUGGUAGCUGAUUACAGUCACAUUAGGCUCUCUGGCAUUCGUAGUUAAUCUUUAUACUUGAAAGCAUAGGUAUAGUCUUCCUUGUUAGUGACUAUCGCUGUCAGGUUUGCAUGGUGUGCCCCUGUCAGCAGGUGCAGAUCUUACUAAUGAAGAGGAAAUCUAUUGUUUGGGGAAAACCAUUAGAUCAGUUUCUCUGGGAUCUUUUAUGUGAUUUUUAUCUAAAUUAUGUGCCAGGUUUUCAGUGACAUACCAAAUGGAUAUAAGAGGAUAUUGGUCAUGAGUGUGAUGCAGAGUACUUUUCUGCCUCUGCUAGACUGCACUGUGUGUGAAAUAAAGAUGUAUGCAGUUUCGCAACU